UAGGAUGAAAAAAUUUGAAGAAUGUGUAAAAGCGGUUGGUAUUGAAAGGGGUGUGGGUUUGAGACUUGAUGUACCGACCCGUUGGAACUCAACAUAUUUGAUGUUGGAGAGUGCUAUUGAAUACAAAAGGUUUGAUCAUGUCAAAUGCGAGAAAACCAUGUUGCUUGUGAAGCAAAACUUGUACAAAUUAUAUGAGAGUUAUGAGAGUGCUUUGGGUCCACCUUCUUCCCAAGGGCAAGUUUCUUCGUCUCAAACUAUUCCAUCUCCAUUGCAAAGUAGAUCGACUUUGAAAACACAUGGAAAAAGAGUUUUUGAUGACAUGUUGUCUUUUAAGAGCAAAUCUAAAAGAAUUGCCGGGAAAUCUCAAUUGGACCUCUAUUUGGAGGAACCAAAACUUGAAUUUGGUUUUUAUGACAAAUUGGAUGUUUUGGGGUAUUGGAAAGAUCAAGAGAAGCGAUUCCCGACCCUUGCAUUGAUGGCACGUGAUGUGUUGGUCAUUCCCAUUACUAGUGUUGCUUCGGAGUCCGCAUUCUCCAUUGGUGCUCAUGUGCUCACCAAGUAUAGGAGUCGUAUUCUCCCGGAAAAAAAUUCAAGCUCUCAUUUGCACUCGUAA